ACAGCACGUUCAACAAUUCGGUCGACACAUAUUGAGAGACAAACAAAAUAUUGUAAAAUUCAAAUAUUCGUCAAAGCCCAAAAAACAAAUUUACUUUUAGUUUGCACUAAUUUCAAUUACGCGCUACACACUCUCUAUAUCUUUCUCUUUCACACAACUUUCGCUUUGUCUCUGUUUAGUUUGUGACUGUCUCUCUUAGUUAAACGAAACGUAUAUAUUCCAAUUCUCGAUCUCAAAAUUAACGCUUAACAAUGUCGGACAACGUUGCGAUCAACAGUGUGCUCAACCUGCUGCUCUGUGGCGCCACCGGCUACGGCUGCUAUACAGUGGGCGUGGCACAUCCGUACGCCUUCUCUGCCUGCGUCAUUGGGCUCUGCCAUGGCCUGGUGGGGCUCAUCGAUUGCCUGACGAGCGAUGAGAACGCAAAGAAGUGCAAGGACAUGACGACGGCGCUGAUGGAGAUUGUGCCGCUGCCGCUGGUCAAUGUGGAGCUCUUCUUUGGCGGCGAGAGCAACAACAUUGGACUGGGCCAUGGGCUGUUCAUAGUGCCGCUGGCGAUCUCCUGUCUGGUGGCUCUCUGCAAGAACAGCGGCGAGGAGGUCAGCGAGGCGUACGACACCAUCAAGCUGAUGACCAUAUUGGGCAACAUCACCUCGCUCUGCUACCUGGCGGUGAACGAGAGCAGCUGGCUGCUGGGCGGCAUGGCCUUCCUGGCCUUCAUGGCCAAAUACGGCGCCGAGUUCUGCGAAUCGGAAGUGUCCGAGGGCAGUGGCCAGCCCAUAACCUAUAUAAGCUGGUCGGCGUUCUUCUUCCUGGCCACCAUGGCCGUUGGCGGCGAGAAGUAAACCCAAGGCACACAAUUGAAAUGCAACUCUCUCUCUCUCUCUCUCUCUCGGCAAGGACUCAAAACAUAAACGGAAUGAACUGGCAAUGUGAUUAAACCCCCCUCCUCCCGAAUCUGUCUCUGAAUAUUAUUAAUAUAUGAAUACGAUGAUUGAAUGAGCUUAAAA